CAUUCUCCACAUUGCUCAAACCUCACCUGGGCAGGGCAUGCACUGCGACAGUACUCACAGUGCGGAAGAUGGCGGAGGAGGAUACUGUGUCCGGAGAAGGGUGGAUCUCAGAUGAUAGCAGUUUCUAUGGUGAUGAAGACGAACAACAACGUCAAUCAAAAAAGUGUGAAAGCUUCAAGACCGGACCCUUCUGGCGUGCACAUGCUAAAGACCUAAACGCACUCACGGCUGCGGCCAGGAAUGCAAGACCACUAUCCGAAGAAGCAAUGCCCGGCAAGGGAUCUAUGGCGAAGACUAACACCUUCAGCAUGUCGGGUGUUGAUCGCAAGGCCAUGGAGCAGGAGCGACUUGCAAGACAAGGCAAGCGAAAGCGAGAGCCCUCUCCUGUGUCCGCCUCGAACCUAGAACUGUUCAAUCCUCUAGAAGGACAGGAUGAUGCGUGGCAGCUAGGCGAGCCUGUUGAUGACUUUGUCAGGCGGCUUCCUCCAUAUACCACCUCCAUCUCUACAUGUCCCUGGAUCUGGGCUGCUAAUCCGUAUCGCAAUCCUCGCGACAAGUCACCCUCACCUCGUGUUCAAGACUUCACAUCGCGUGGCAUGGAGUUGCUUCAGCAGUCACUCCAGACUCGCCGCGAUAUACAAAAAGAAGGUGCAAAGGGACCUAGGGGCAUGGUUACCAAACAGCUCCUCCAAGAGAGCAAGGCUCUACAAGAACGGAUCUCGAACCUUGCAAAGGACACGCAUGUCCUGUCAGGGAAGUGGAUGUUAUUUCCCAAAUCUGUGGAAGUCGCCAGGGUUUGGAAGCAAGUCGUCGCAAAUGUAAUCGACAAUCGACUUGGCUGUACCUGCAAGGUGGCUACCGACGAUGGCAAGGAUGAGCGACUAAUCUGUAUCUACACAAAGGACUUCCUAGAUGCCGAUGACGUACUGCGAGUACUCCACGAGCUUGAGAGCAUGGGUCUCAUCAACGUCGGCAGGACUAUCUACUACAAACCAGACGCCUACACUUAUCUGGAUCUCAGACGCGAGACAGCUGCAGAAUAUGGACUCCAAGCCAGUCUCUACAACUCGCGGGCUUUGCUGGCAGCUAACAAGGUGUCAAAGUCAACAUCGUUCCCGCAGAAGAAGCAGUCGACGUUGAAGAAGUGAAGUUGGGUAUGCAUCAGUAGCUGCUACGCUGCUUGGGGACGGGGUCGUCAGGCAUGUUCAACCAGUACUCCUCUCAGAGAAGUCAUGGGUGUAGCUUGCUUCCCCU